GAGGUCGUGGCCGCGGCGCGCCGCACGUGCGGAGACCCGCCCCGAGUGCCAUGGCGCGCGGUUUCCUCGGCCCUCGCACCUCCCUUUAGCCACUGCGGCGCGACCCCGGGCGGUCCCCGGGCCACGGGGCAUGGAGCCGCACGUGCUGGGCGCCGGGCUCUACUGGCUGUUGCUGCCCUGCACGCUCCUGGCGGCCUUCCUGUCACGCUUCAAUGCUCUCUCGCUGGUCUAUUUGCUGUUUCUGCUGCUGCUGCCCUGGCUUCCAGGCCCCUCAAGACACAGCAUACCAGGUCACACAGGUCGCCUACUUCGUUCACUACUCUGUCUCAGCCUUCUCUUCUUGGUGGCCCACCUUGCCUUCCAGAUAUGCCUGCACACUAUGCCUCACCUGAACCAGCUUCUGGGACAAAACUGCAGCCUUUGGGAGAAGGUAUCUCAACACAUAGGGGUUACGAGGCUGGACCUGAAGGACAUCUUUAACACCGCCAGGCUGGUGGCUCCUGACCUAGGAGUCCUGGUGACAUCCUCCCUUUGCCUUGGCCUCUGUGGACGGCUCACAAGGCAAGCCCGGCAGAGCCAGCGCGCCCAGGAGCUGGUAAGGGACUGAGCGGCCAAGCAGGAUGAUGACGACAUGGAUGCCGCCCCAGCAGUGGGGCUACAGGGAGCCCCUGCCCUGGCAACCAAACGCAGGCUGUGGCUGGCCUCCCGUUUCCGGGUCACUGCCCACUGGCUGCUGCUGGCCUCCGGACGGAUACUGACCAUUGUGCUGCUGGCUCUGGCAGGCAUAGCCCACCCAUCGGCUUUCUCCAGUGUCUACCUACUGGUCUUCCUGGCCAUCUGCACGUGGUGGGCCUGCCACUUUCCUCUCAGCCCACUGGGCUUUAACACACUCUGUGUUAUGGUGAGCUGCUUUGGCGCCGGCCAUCUCAUUUGCCUCUACUGCUAUCAGACACCAUUUGUCCAGGAAAUGCUACCGCCUGGCAGCAUCUGGGCCAGGGUGUUCGGUCUCAAGAGCUUCAUAGACCUCCCGAACUGCUCCAGCCCCAACGUGCUGGUGCUCAACACUAAGCAUGCCUGGCCCAUCUACGUGAGCCCCGGCAUCCUGCUGCUGCUGUACUACACAGCCACCUCUCUCCUGAAGCUCCGUAAGAGCCGUCCCCCAGACCUGAGGAAGGAGGCACCUAGGGAGGAUGAGGAACACGAGCUGGAACUGGACCAGCUGGAGCCAGAGCCCCAGGCUGGGGACGCCACCCAGUCCGUGAUGCCCACGUCCACAGAGCCUGACAUCGACAACUGCACCGUGCAUGUCCUGAGCAGCCAGAGCCCCGUGCGCCAGCGCCCCACACGCCCCAGAUUGGCCGAGCUGAAAGAGAUGUCGCCCCUCCAUGGCCUGGGCCACCUCAUCAUGGACCAGAGCUAUGUGUGUGCCCUGAUCGCCAUGAUGGUGUGGAGCAUCACGUACCACAGUUGGUUGACCUUCGUGCUGCUGCUCUGGGCCUGCCUCAUCUGGACUGUGCGUAGCCGCCACCAGUUCGCCAUGCUCUGCUCGCCCUUCAUCCUGCUGUACGGGCUGACGCUCUGCUGCCUGCGCUAUGUGUGGGCCAUGGAGCUCCCCGAGCUGCCCACUACCUUGGGCCCUGUCAGUCUGCACCAGCUGGGAUUGGAGCACACGCGCUACCCCUGCCUGGACCUUGGUGCCAUGCUGCUCUAUCUGCUCACGUUCUGGCUCCUGCUUCGUCAAUUCGUGAAGGAGAAGCUGCUGAAGAAGGCAAAGGUGCCUGCUGCGCUGCUGGAGGUCACGGUGGCAGACGCAGAGCCCACCCAGACGCAGACACUACUGCGGAGCCUGGGGGAGCUGGUCACAGGCAUCUACGCCAAGUACUGGAUCUACGUGUGCGCUGGCAUGUUCAUCGUAGUCAGCUUUGCUGGCCGCCUGGUGGUCUACAAAAUCGUCUACAUGUUCCUCUUCCUGCUGUGCCUCACACUGUUCCAGGUCUACUAUAGCCUGUGGAGGAAGCUGCUCCGUGUCUUCUGGUGGCUCGUGGUUGCCUAUACUAUGAUGGUGCUCAUUGCAGUAUACACCUUCCAGUUCCAGGACUUUCCCACCUACUGGCGCAACCUCACGGGCUUUACGGAUGAGCAGCUGGGGGACCUGGGCCUGGAGCAGUUCAGCGUGUCCGAGCUCUUUUCCAGCAUCCUCAUCCCUGGCUUCUUCCUGCUGGCCUGCAUCCUGCAGUUGCACUACUUCCAUCGGCCCUUCAUGCAACUCACCGACCUGGAGCACGUGCCCCCGCCAGGCACCCGCCGCCCCCGAUGGGCUCACAGGCAGGACGCAGUGAGCGAGGCCCCUCUGCUACAGCAUCAGGAGGAGGAGGAGGAAGUCUUCCGGGAUGAUGGGCUGGGCGCGGAUGGGCCCCACCAGACCACACAAGUCCCUGAGGGUGCAGCCAGCAAGUGGGGCCUGGUGGCCGACCGGCUGCUGGACCUCGCGGCCAGCUUCUCGGAUGUCGUCACCCGCAUCCAGGUGUUUGUUCGGCGCCUGCUAGAACUGCACGUCUUCAAGCUAGUAGCCCUCUACACUGUCUGGGUGGCCCUGAAAGAAGUGUCUGUGAUGAAUCUGCUGCUGGUGGUGCUGUGGACCUUUGCCCUGCCCUAUCCGCGCUUCCGGCCCAUGGCCUCCUGCCUGUCCACCGUGUGGACCUGCAUCAUCAUUGUGUGCAAAAUGCUCUAUCAGCUCAAGAUUGUCAACCCACACGAGUACUCCAGCAACUGCACUGAGCCUUUCCCCAACAGUACCAACCUGCAGCCCAUGGAGAUCAACCAGUCUUUGCUGUACCGUGGCCCUGUCGACCCUGCCAACUGGUUCGGGGUGCGAAAGGGCUUCCCCAACCUGGGCUAUAUCCAGAACCACCUGCAGAUCCUUCUGCUCCUAGUGUUUGAGGCUGUGGUGUACCGGCGCCAAGAGCACUAUCGCCGGCAGCACCAGCAGGCCCCGCUGCCUGCCCAGGCCGUGUGUGCACAUGGCACCCGCCAGAGGCUGGACCAGGACCUGCUUAGCUGCCUCAAAUAUUUCAUCAACUUCUUCUUCUACAAAUUUGGGCUGGAGAUCUGCUUCCUGAUGGCCGUGAACGUGAUCGGGCAGCGCAUGAACUUCAUGGUGAUCAUACAUGGCUGCUGGCUGGUGGCCAUCCUCACACGCCGCCGCCGCGAGGCCAUCGCCCGCCUCUGGCCCAAUUACUGUCUGUUCCUCACAUUGUUCCUGCUGUACCAGUAUCUCCUGUGCCUGGGCAUGCCACCCGCACUGUGCAUUGACUACCCAUGGCGCUGGAGCAAAGCCAUCCCCAUGAAUUCUGCUCUUGUCAAGUGGCUGUACCUGCCCGACUUCUUCAGAGCACCCAACUCCACCAACCUUAUUAGUGACUUUCUCCUGCUGCUCUCCGCCUCCCAGCAGUGGCAGGUGUUCUCGGCUGAGCGUACGGAGGAGUGGCAGCGCGUGGCUGGCAUCAACACUGACCACCUGGAGCCCCUGCGUGGGGAGCCCAACCCUGUGCCCAACUUCAUCCACUGCAGGUCCUAUCUGGAUAUGCUGAAGGUGGCCGUCUUCCGGUACCUGUUCUGGCUGGUGCUUGUGGUGGUGUUUGUCACAGGGGCCACCCGCAUCAGCAUUUUUGGCCUAGGGUACCUGCUGGCCUGCUUCUACUUGCUGCUCUUUGGCACCACCCUGCUGCAGAAGGACACACGAGCCCAGCUUGUGCUGUGGGACUGCCUCAUCCUCUACAAUGUCACAGUCAUCAUCUCCAAGAAUAUGCUGUCGCUCCUGUCCUGUGUCUUUGUGGAGCAAAUGCAGAGCAACUUCUGCUGGGUCAUCCAGCUCUUCAGCCUCGUAUGCACAGUCAAAGGCUACUACAAUCCCAAAGAGAUGAUGACAAGGGACCGGGACUGCCUGCUGCCUGUGGAGGAGGCCGGUAUCAUCUGGGACAGUGUCUGUUUCUUCUUCCUGCUUCUGCAGCGGCGCGUCUUUCUCAGUCACUACUUCCUGCAUGUCAGUGCCGACCUGAAGGCCACUGCCCUGCAGGCCUCCAGGGGCUUUGCCCUCUACAACGCCGCCAACCUUAAGAGCAUCAACUUCCACCGCCAGGCUGAGGAGAAGUCCCUGGCCCAGCUGAAAAGACAGAUGACGCGCAUCCGUGCCAAACAGGAGAAGUACAGGCAGAGCCAGGCAAGUCGUGGCCAACUCCAGUCCACAGACCCCCAGGAUCCCAGCCAGGAGCCAGGGCCUGACAGCCCAGGGGGCUCCUCCCCGCCACGAAGACAGUGGUGGCGACCCUGGCUGGACCACGCCACAGUCAUCCACUCUGGGGACUACUUCCUGUUUGAGUCGGAUAGUGAGGAGGAAGAGGAGGCCACACCUGAGGACCCCAGGCCUGCAGCACAGAGUGCCUUCCAGAUGGCGUACCAGGCAUGGGUAACCAACGCCCAGACAGUGCUGAGGCAGCGUCGGGAACGGGCACGGCAGGAGCGGACAGAACAGCAGGCUUCUGGAGGUGACCUGAGCCAAGAGGUAGAGCCAGCAGAGGCCCCAGAGGAAGAUAUGGCAGGCCACAGCCAUGUGAUGCAGCGUGUGCUGAGCACCAUGCAGUUCCUGUGGGUGCUGGGCCAGGCCACGGUAGACGGGCUGACACGCUGGCUGCGUGCAUUCACGAAGCACCACCGCACCAUGAGUGACGUGCUGCGCGCUGAGCGUUACCUGCUCACCCAGGAGCUUCUACGGGGUGGGGAGAUACACCGAGGCGUGCUCGACCAGCUUUACGUGAGUGAAGCCGAGACUACGCUGUCAGGUCCCAUGGAGACCCGUGAUGGACCCAGCACAGCCUCAAGUGGGCUGGGAGCCGAAGAGCCUCUGAGCAGCAUGACAGAUGACACCAGCAGCCCCCUGAGCACAGGCUAUAACACUCGCAGUGGCAGCGAGGAGAUUAUCACUGACACUGGGGACCUCCAGGCUCGGACCUCCCUGCAUGGUUCCCAGGAGCUUCUAGCCAACGCUCGUACGAGGAUGCGGACGGCCAGUGAGCUGCUCCUGGACAGGCGCCUGCACAUCCCUGAGCUGGAGGAAGCUGAGCAGUUUGAAGCACAGCAGGGCCGGACGCUGCGGCUGCUAAGAGCCGUGUACCAGUGUGUGGCCGCGCACUCGGAGCUGCUUUGUUACUUCAUCAUCAUCCUCAACCACAUGGUCACGGCCUCGGCUGCCUCCCUGGUGCUGCCUGUGCUUGUUUUCCUGUGGGCCAUGCUGACCAUCCCAAGGCCGAGCAAGCGCUUCUGGAUGACGGCUAUCGUCUUCACUGAGGUCAUGGUGGUCACCAAGUACCUGUUCCAGUUUGGCUUCUUCCCCUGGAACAGCCACGUGGUGCUGCGGCGUUACGAGAACAAGCCCUACUUCCCUCCGCGCAUCCUGGGCCUCGAGAAAACCGACAGCUACAUCAAGUAUGACCUGGUGCAGCUUAUGGCUCUCUUCUUCCACCGCUCUCAGCUGCUGUGCUAUGGCCUCUGGGACCAUGAGGAGGAUCGAUUGUCCAAGGACCAUUGCAGGAAUGGUGAGAAGGACCAGGAGGCCAAGGAAGAGUCAGAAGCUAUGUUGGAAUCGCAGCCUGAGACAGACACUGGGCAUCCCUUGGAACUGGUGGUGGCUGGUACCCCAGGAGACCACACCCAAGGGAAAGGGAGUGUUAGAUCCAAGGAUGGAAUCCAAGAGCCCCAAGAGGACCUUAAGCCCCAGCAUAUGAAGAACAGCAUACGCUUCAGGAGGAGGAAGGAGAUGCCAGGACCCAAAGGAGCAGCAGCUAUGAAAGCCGAGCACGAGGAGGCGGAGGAAGAAAAAGGAGCUGCAGGGAGAAAGAGCCCACAUCACAGUCGAGAAAAAUCGAAGGUUCAGGAGAGAAUGAAGGCAGCUGGGCGCCGGCUGCAGAGCCUCUGCCUGUCACUGGCCCAGAGCAUGUAUCAGCCUCUGCGGCGUUUCUUCCACGACAUUCUACACACCAAGUACCGGGCAGCCACCGAUGUCUACGCUCUCAUGUUCCUGGCCGACAUUGUCGACUUCAUCAUUAUCAUCUUUGGGUUUUGGGCUUUUGGGAAGCACUCCGCAGCCACGGACAUUGCGUCCUCACUGUCAGAUGACCAGGUGCCUGAGGCCUUCCUGUUCAUGCUGCUGGUCCAGUUCAGCACCAUGGUCAUCGACCGUGCCCUCUACCUGCGCAAGACUGUCCUGGGCAAGCUGGCCUUUCAGGUGGUCCUGGUGGUGGCCAUUCACCUGUGGAUGUUCUUCAUCUUGCCGGCUGUCACCGAGAGGAUGUUCAGCCAGAAUGCGGUGGCACAGCUGUGGUACUUCGUGAAGUGCAUUUACUUUGCCCUGUCCGCCUACCAGAUCCGCUGUGGCUACCCCACACGUAUCCUGGGUAACUUCCUCACCAAGAAGUACAAUCAUCUGAACCUCUUCCUUUUCCAGGGGUUCCGUCUAGUGCCGUUCCUGGUGGAGCUGCGGGCAGUCAUGGACUGGGUGUGGACUGACACCACACUGUCCCUGUCCAACUGGAUGUGUGUGGAAGACAUCUAUGCCAACAUCUUCAUCAUCAAGUGCAGCCGAGAGACAGAGAAGAAAUACCCACAGCCCAAGGGACAGAAGAAGAAGAAAAUUGUCAAGUACGGCAUGGGUGGCCUCAUCAUCCUCUUCCUCAUCGCCAUCAUCUGGUUCCCACUGCUCUUCAUGUCACUGAUACGCUCUGUGGUCGGGGUCGUCAACCAGCCCAUUGAUGUCACCGUUACCCUCAAGUUAGGUGGCUACGAGCCGCUGUUCACCAUGAGCGCCCAGCAGCCAUCCAUAGUGCCUUUCACGCCGCAGGCCUACGAGGAGCUGUCCCAGCAGUUUGACCCCUACCCACUGGCCAUGCAGUUCAUUAGCCAGUACAGCCCCGAGGACAUCGUCACCGCGCAGAUCGAGGGCAGCUCUGGGGCGCUGUGGCGCAUCAGCCCGCCGAGCCGCGCCCAGAUGAAGCAGGAGCUGUACAAUGGCACAGCGGACAUUACCCUGCGCUUCACCUGGAACUUCCAAAGGGACCUGGCCAAGGGUGGCACUGUGGAGUAUACCAAUGAGAAGCACACCCUGGAGCUGGCCCCCAACAGUACAGAGCGAAGGCAGCUGGCCCAACUGCUCGAGGGCAGACCCGACCAGUCAGUGAUCAUUCCCCACCUCUUCCCCAAGUACAUCCGUGCUCCCAACGGGCCUGAAGCCAACCCUGUGAAGCAGUUACAGCCAGAUGAGGAGGACGACUAUCUUGGUGUGCGCAUCCAGCUGCGGAGGGAGCAAGUGGGCAGAGGGGGCCCUGGGGAGCGAGCAGACACCAAGGCCUCCGACUUCCUUGAGUGGUGGGUGAUCGAGCUGCAGGACUGCCAGGCUGACUGCAACCUGCUGCCCAUGGUCAUCUUCAGUGACAAGGUCAGCCCACCCAGCCUCGGCUUCCUGGCUGGCUAUGGGAUCGUGGGGCUAUACGUGUCCAUCGUGCUGGUCAUUGGCAAGUUUAUGCGGGGCUUCUUCAGUGAGAUCUCACACUCCAUCAUGUUUGAGGAGCUGCCGUGUGUGGACCGCAUCCUCAAGCUGUGCCAGGACAUCUUCUUGGUGCGGGAGACCCGGGAGCUGGAGCUGGAGGAGGAGCUGUAUGCCAAGCUCAUCUUCCUGUACCGCUCACCAGAGACCAUGAUCAAGUGGACGCGUGAGAAGGAGUAGGAGC